CUUUAAUCUGCGAGCGCAGAGCAAGAAAGAGGGCGCCGCGGGAUUGCCGAACGCACUGAAGACCGACAAGUUUGGCCAGGUUCUGCCGGCGCCGAGUUGAGGUAGCGGCUGCUCGGACUGGGUCGGGGCUUGAAGGGCAAGCACGUACAGCACCACUGAGGAGACGGGUCUCUGCAACUUACUCCUCCGCACUUGACUGCUGCUUACUUGAUAGUUGUUGGGAAAUAAGAAGAAGGGGAAGUGCUCACAUCAGAGUGCAGAGAUGAAUUCCACAGAGAUCCCUAUCCAAACAGAGAUGGUAGAACUGGUACCAAACGGAAAGCACUCAGUGCUGAAUGCUGUUCCUUCAGUGGGAAAUGACAGAUUUGAGGAGAACCAGGCAAACCUGCCAGAAAUGGAGGAGUUCCUUCCACAUGGUGCUGAAAAGAAACAGACCCACUUCACAGACUUUGAAGGGAAGACCUCUUUUGGGAUGUCCGUUUUCAACCUGAGCAAUGCCAUCAUGGGCAGCGGGAUCCUUGGGCUAGCGUAUGCUAUGGCCAAUACCGGCAUCCUCCUCUUUCUGUUCCUCUUGACUGCUGUAGCUCUGUUAUCCAGUUACUCCAUUCAUUUGUUGCUCAAAUCCUCAGGAAUUGUUGGAAUCCGAGCCUAUGAACAGUUGGGCUACAGGGCCUUUGGAACACCAGGGAAAUUAGCAGCUGCCAUUGCUAUAACACUACAGAAUAUUGGAGCCAUGUCAAGCUACCUGUACAUUGUGAAGUCUGAGGUUCCUCUGGUCAUCCAGACCUUCCUCAACCUGGAAGAGAAGACAACGGACUGGUACAUGAAUGGCAACUACCUGGUAAUCAUGGUCUCUGUCAGCAUCAUCCUUCCUCUGGCUCUCAUGAAACAACUUGGUUACCUUGGCUAUGCCAGUGGAUUCUCCCUCAGCUGCAUGGUCUUCUUCCUGAUUUCAGUAAUCUACAAAACGUUUCACAUUCCCUGUCCGCUUCCUGACCAGUUCAUUAACACCACUGCCAGCCCGAAUUACAUGCCAGUCAAUACCAGCAACUAUCAGAAUGACCAUGCUGUCACCCAGGAAACUGAGGAAGACAUCUGCUCUUCAAGCUUGUUCACGCUCAACUCUCAGACGGCCUACACCAUCCCCAUCAUGGCAUUUGCUUUUGUGUGUCAUCCUGAGGUUCUUCCCAUCUACACUGAGCUGAAAAACCCCUCCAAGAAGAAGAUGCAGUGUAUUUCCAACAUCUCCAUCUCUGUCAUGUAUGUCAUGUAUUUCCUGGCUGCCCUCUUUGGCUACCUCACUUUCCACAGCCAGGUGGAAUCAGAGCUGCUACACACCUACAGCAGAGUGGACCCAUUUGAUGUGCUGAUUCUAUGUGUGCGGGUGGCCGUGCUCACUGCUGUGACACUGACAGUGCCCAUUGUUCUUUUCCCAGUGCGCCGUGCCAUUCAGCAGAUGCUGUUUCAAGACAAGGACUUCAGCUGGAUUCGGCACAUUAUAAUAGCUAUGGUGCUACUGACAUCUAUUAACUUGCUUGUCAUUUUUGCCCCAUCCAUUCUGGGCAUAUUUGGCCUAAUUGGUGCCACUUCGGCCCCCUGCCUGAUAUUCAUCUUCCCAGCAAUAUUCUACAUACGGAUAAUGCCCAAGGACAAGGAGCCCAUGAAAUCACCUCCCAAGAUCCUGGCAGCUCUCUUUGCAGGCCUUGGCGUGCUCUUCAUGAUCAUGAGCCUCAGCUUCAUCAUCAUUGACUGGGCAACUGGUGGUGGGAAGAGUGGAGGCAGCCACUAGGCCAGGGCAGGCCAGACCAGGCCUGGAGCCUUGUGUUGUGGAUCAAUGCCUUGGAAGACUGUGCUGGCUUUGAUACAUUUCCUACCCCCCUACCUCUGCUAGUACUGUACUGCCAUUGACUCCCCAGCUCCACUUUGAGCCAAGGGGUGCUGUUCUGUAACUCAGUCCUUACACCAAAACUGAGCCAGGGGGUACUGUAAGCCAGACUGGACCAGAAGCCAGUUCUUCUCACUCUCUUGACGGUUUGUUUUUAUCUCAUUGUCUGGGAUAGGCCAGACCAACAGCGCCUAAUGAACAUACAAACUGGAGGGAAAUAGACCAAUUCAAAGGGGCGAGGGUGGGGGUCCAUGAGGCAGAUGCCUGGCCCUGUGUUUCCAGUGUGUCCGGCCCACACUGAGGGCUCUUGAAAGUUAGGGACAAGAACAGAAGGAAAUUUGGGGAUUGUGGCUAGAGAUCCUGGGUGUAGUGUUUGCACCUGAAAUUUCCCACCAAUUCAGAGGAGGCUUCCCCUGCAUUCCUCUUAAAUAAUGUUUAUAUUGGGGCUACAAAUUGGAACUGAAUGCUUUUGGACAGCGAUGAAAGAAGUAAUAUUCUUUGUUUUUAGAAUUCUUAAAGAUGUAACCCCACAGGCAAACCUUUGGGCUUUCAUCCCUCUCAAAUGUCACUUCUCAGUCCUUAUUUCUUUAUAGGAUUCUCCCCUCAAACUGGUUCCUCUUCCUCUGCAAGGUUGUGAACCUUAUAAGCCUCAAAAUCAAUGUCCUCCCAAAGGGCAGCUCAGUGUUUUGUGUACUAGCUGGGAAGUGGUCCUGUGUUAAUGACCUCAACCCCCUGUUUCUGUCCCCUCUUCAAGAACUCUGCCAUCAUAUCUGCCCACGAGCCUCACUUUUAGGUUGUUAGGUCUGAUUGCUGCUAAUUCCAGUUGUUUAGGAGAAUUUGCAUUAAUAUGUUCUGUACAUGUGGUUGUCGCUUUUGUUCCAGUUUGUAGCUGGAAUGAGAUUGGGGAGGGGCUUUGGCGAUGUUGGCAGAGCCUCUGCUUUGCAAAGGUUCCUGGUUCAGCCUCUGGAAUCGCUAGGUUUUUUUGAAAAAAGGAUUAGGUACUAGGUGAUGUGAAAGACCUUCUUCUGGGGAGCUACUGCCAGUCUGCUGUUAGACAGUACUGACCUUGAUAGACCAAAGGUCUGACUCAGUAGGAAGCAGCUUCAUGUUCUCCUAUGUAUCCCAUGGAAUUGUAUUUAUAUAGCUGCCUUUCUGAAUAUGGCAAGGAUAUACCCUUGGUUGAGUCCCUGCUUUUCCUUAAUUUAUGUAGGAUCAGUUAAAUAUUCAGCAGGCUGUUGAAUUAGAACAUGAGGCCUUUGUUCAAUAGCUGUUAACUGAUCUUCAUCUUUAUUCUCUGCACUUGUCAUUUUUUUUAAAAAAAUAAGAAAAAACAGGAAUGCACAGGAACACAGUUCCGGCUGUUUUGGUGUCUGGGGGUGUGGCCUAAUAUGCAAAUGAAUUCCUGCUGGGUUUUUUCUACAGAAAAGCCCUAUGUGAAAUAAUGGUGACAUCAGGGGGUGUGGUCUAAUAUGCAACUGAGUUCCUGCUGGGCUUUUUUUUUUUACCAAAAAAGCCCUAAGAAAAAGCAUUUGUUGUGGCUUCUCCCUAAGUUAGAGAUGGCCAUUAAAGUUUACUCUUCUCUGUAGUACUGGGACUUUUCCUGUCUCAUCUUGUUGCAAUCAGCCUCAGCCUCUUGCAAGCUGGGGAGAAAGAAGCCAAUGGGACAGAAAACAUGGGCAUACAAGAAGAGAAAAAAACAAAGAACCCGGUUGUUUCUUAGGGACUAUUUACAUUAUUAGUAACAUGGACCAUUAGAUCCUGGCUCACAUGGAGAGGGAUAGGGGACUGCAAGAAUUGUAGGCAAUGACCCCUGUGUUGCACAGGCUGCAGGAAUAUGUAGUACAGUACAGAAGGACCAUGGGCAUUGUAAUUAGUUUUGACACUGGUGGAAGAGGAUUGCCAGAACAUAGUUUGCAAACUAUUGUGCUAAGGGGACAUGGAGCUGAGAGAGAUAGCAAAGGUACUGAAUAUAUAUUUUCUUUUCAUUUGUAUUUUACAUUAUUUGACUGUGACCUCCUCCCAUUGUUAGCAUUCAGUGUGAAGUUGAUGACAGUUUCAAAAAAUGCCCUGGAAGAACCACAUUUAUUAAAUAAAAAAGCAAGUUCACAACAGGGAUCAAAAGAGUAGUCCUUCAUAGGAGGCUGCUAAGCAAGUGAAAUGAUCGAGCUGCUUGCCCAGGGUCCUCAUCUGAAAGUUUUGGAACCAUCCAGGUAUUUCUUUCCCCACCACCCACAACAACAUAUUUUUAGGAUACAAUGAACCUGGCAGCCCUUAAAGCUGCAAAUUUAAUACUUACCCACAAGUGUGAUGACAUGAGCCCUGUUAUCUGUCAAAUUGGUUGGAUGUAACCCUUUUGCUUUUCAGCUUCUUGACCAGACAGCUUUAUUUGUCCUUUCUAGGUCUGUUGAGGAGCAGAGUAUUCAGGCUAAAGGUUCUGCAUCAUCAUUGUGCUAAUAUUCCAUAUUCAUAGAUCCCAAGCUUUGCUGUGCUGGUCCAUGUGGCAAAGAGUAGCAAAUCUCAAAUUUUCCAUGUCCAGGAAAAUCCUGUUGGGAGUUUUGUAUGUGGGAUUAGUGAAACUGUGCACUCAGCAUUCCUGGCGCAACUGGAAAUUGAUUAUACAAUUGAGACGACUGUGUGCAAUAAUGGUGUUGAAAUACAACAUUUGGAUAAUUUAUGUUCUGUAUUUAAGGACACUGCAGCAACAAUGUACCAUUUAGCACUAACAGUUCUGCAGGCACUAUGUGAAACUACACUGCCCCCUUCUGAUACUUGAGGCGGUUGCAGUUUCCAGUAGGUGAUGGCUGUUGUGCCUUCACUCUGGAGUUCAUAACACACUGUUGUGCUUGCUCUCUGAGGGCUUUUCUGUAUGAUCACUUAAAAUGUGGCUCAUCUGUAUUUUAGUCAUUUCAUGAAACUUCUGAAAGUGAUGUUUUGGCAACAUUAGAGCAAUAUCCUGUCCUAAUGGGAAGUGGUGGAGGGAACAAAGGGGAUAAUACCUUGCACAAACUCCAAACAAUCUUUUUCUUUUAAGAAAAAUGUUGAUAUGGAAUGUUUGAGCAAUCUGUUCUUUUAAAAAAAUUAAAGCUCAUCAAGUAUGUAUUCUUGCACCAGGGAAGCACAUUAAAAUGUAGUUAAGGAAUGCAAACUAAGGAAACCACACAUUUGAAAAUAAGUGGCUGCUGGCUAGCAUCAGAUAUGAUCUACAUUUGCGCUUUACAGAAACCUUGAUCCAAUGCCCACUAAAGAGGCAGUGAUUCUCAUCUCCCUGUUGAAAUGAAUGGCAUUUGCACAGGAUUGUUUUAGAAGAUGGUAGAACAUGCCUUGUACUUCAAACUAAAACAUGCUGCUUUGGUAUUAUGUCAUACAAAAGCAGAUUGAUAGUUUGUGGUCCUACAAGUAAACAUGGAUAAAAAUCCUGGGUGAAACAAGGGUGCUAAAAAGCUUCCCUUUUUUUCUCACCCCAUGUAGGGUGCUGAAAUACUGUUUUCCAACUUAUAGUACACUAAUUCCUCAUCAUCUUCCCCCAUCGCAUCUGUCUUUUUCACACUAACUGCCUCCUCCUACCAAAAGCCACAGGAAAACAUUUAUUCAAGACUUGCACCUUAAGAAUUUCAAAACUGCAGGGGUUAGAUGUGGGAAGGAUAGGAAACAGAGGAUAUUUUUACAGCAUUGUGGUUACAAAAAUAAUUUUCAGUCCAUAAGUAAUUGUUUCUAGGGUUUAAUAAAUGUAAUGGACGUAAAUAAGAGUCACGUAUUUUUGUACUUGGGGUGAUGGCUGGUUGAUUUGCUUUUUAUAAAUACUGUAUAUAAUAAUAGAUUUUUAAUGUAUUCGUUGUUGCACUCAGUAACUCUGUAUCGUGUAUAUAUUAUGUGUUCUCAUUGAAGGAGGACUGGACACCAGAAGAUCUGCCUAAGCCAUGGCAAACAAGCUUAUUAUCUGCUGUGAAAUACUGGGAAUUUUGGUUGUUUCUAUAGACUGGUGUCCAGUUGGAAAAGAAAUGGAGAGGGGGAGAAUGCUUUUAUAGAUAAAAGUUUGGCUCAAGGUACCAAGAAUUACUUACUUACCACCAACUAUAACAUAUUGAAGGCCAGUUGCCAUCUUCCUGUUGUUUUCACGAUCCAUGGCAUGAUCUACAGCUCAUCUGCACUGCUCUGAUACAGCCUCUCCAAGUCCAGGUUAGGGAGUUAAAUUCAUUCAAGCCCAAAGCAUGGUUCAGAAAUCAUGCAGCUGUGCAGCAACCAGUGAAGAUGCUUACAACUGAUGGAGCGAUCACAACAGUUUCCAACAGGGAACAAAACAUUUCCAUGGGCAUAUUGUUCCAAGUUAGGAGCUGUUGCCUUUACUCCUGUUGCAGUAACCUUGUUGGCUGUGGAUAGCUCAGUCUUCAGGUUCUAUAGUUGCUUGUGAUUUCCUGGAGCUGAGCAAGACAAGGGGGAUGGGGAGCAGCACAGAAGAGCUGUGAUCAUGAUCCAGGUUCUCAGUACAAGGAUUAGAAGGGAAGGAAGAAAUGGUAUGGCAACUGCUUGCCACUACAAGGAUGCAUUCAUUCACACUACACUAAAUAAUGUGUUGUGCAACUGGAUUUGUGCUAUUCUUGAAUUUGCAAAAUGCAUUAGUUAGUGUAGUAUAAACUCACCCCCAAGAAACCAUCCUUGUAGCACGUUAUCAGGGUGGGUUGUGGGUUUUUUUUUUCCAUUUGUUCAUAUAUUUAUCAUGUUCAAUCUCACUGCUAGGCACUUUUAAUUAUCUUUCAAGAUACAAUAUUUUAUAUAUUUUAAUACUUAUUUUUCCUGUAGCAUAAAAUGCAACAAAAAUGACAAACCCUGAGAUCUGUUCAAAAAAAUCACAUCUAGAGCAUAAAAAUUUUAAAAUACAAAAUUCAUGUAGAUUUGUUUUAGAUGAAAGUUUAGAGAAAACCCAAACUAAAAUACUCUGUAUUCAUCCCCACUAAAAUCUGCUUAUUUUUUUAAAAAAAAUCUAUAUAUCUUUAAAAUAUACCUUCCAGAAAAGGAUAUUGGAAGAGACAAUAAUUUUUUCUUUUUCUUUUGAAAAGGUAGCAGUUCUAAUACUACCUUCAUGCUAAGCAAAGGUUUAUCCAGAUGUCUCUUGGAAUGAGAAAAAUGGCUGGUAAACCUGGGAGCACAAGACAGAGUAGCUUGCUGAAAGCUCUUCCUGAUGCUCCCAUACUAAUUCUGGUAAUGCAUUUGAACCAGCAGUCAUUGAAACAGGGAUUGCCUUCUCAAACACAUCGAUUAUUGAUAAUUCGUUUUUCCCAUUCAGAGUAUUCUUCAUCCACCAACCCGUUCAUGCAGAAGGACUCUAAGGUGAUUUUUUUUAAAAAAAAUUGAGUACCUUACAGUUGGCCAUUAACUGACUCUGACUGGAAGAAACCAGUGAACUCAUGUGGGUAGCACAGACAGCUGUUUAUCUUAGAACUGGAUAACCAAGUAGGCUGUGGUUUCAAGAACCUACUUUGCAUCUGGCUGACCACUUGUGUGCAGCUAGCCUUGGGUGCUAGGGCUGCUUACACCAAUAGCUGAGAAUGUAAUUGGAUAUAGACCAGAAGAGGGAUAGGAAUCAAUAACCAUAACUGGCCUUGCAGUGGGGAGCCUUACACAGGCUUUCACGACUGUCUGCCGCUGGAUAGUUUCCUUUGAGCAAGCCAUUCUUCCAUUUUCUUAACCAAACACAGGUCCAUGGAGAUUCUUAAGCAGGUGGCAGAUAAUCUGCUCUUCCUGUUUUCAGACAACAGGCAGGCUGUGCUGCCUAGUUCAAGGCUGGUCAGGUGUCAGUGUCUCAUUUUCCAUGUCUGAUCAAGACUUUUCUAAAGAAACUCAGUUGGAUGUAUCAUAGGAAUGCAUUUCUAAAGGAGGAGGAGAAUUUGGGUGUGCCCUCCCCCACUGCAUUUGAUGCCCUUCUUCCCCAGGGGAUUCAAGAGUGACAUAGAGACGUCUCAUCCUCUGUAAACCUCUGUCUUCUCUGUCAUUGUGUCCCAAGUCUCUCAAUGAAAGGGAUGUGUGUGCGUCUGUCUGGAUGAGUCCCAUUUCUGUCAACAUGCAUUAGGGGUCAGUUUUAAAUUAUAUGCAGAAAAUUAGUUCUAUAUUUGGAAAUGAAAAUGAAUCUUUUUAAAAUAACAAUAAAGAAAAUGUGAAACCUCA